AUGGACAGCGGGUUUGAGCGAUUCAUGGACAGCCAAAGCACUGGCUUGCGCUUUCUAUGGGCGGUAAUUGGUUUACUCGUUUCGCAAGGCUGGAGUGCUAUCGAACAUGAGGCUCGCUUGGAGGAACCACAUCAACGUUUAAUGAGAGGACCGACACCCGCCAAAGAUUCCAUCUUUAUCAACACCAGCAGCAUCCCUUUGACAGCCCUGGGAGCGAAUUUAUACCGAAGGCACUACUUCUUAGCCUGCUUGUCACUCAACGCGCUACUAGCAGAGGUUGUAACUGUCACGCUCGCCGCUGUUCCAUACAGUAGCGCAACAUCAUACAGGGGCUUUACGACAUCGGUAUACCUUAGCCAAGCAAUCUUAGGCGUCAUGUUGCUCUCUUUAUUUUGGGUCUUGUUCAGACCUCAUAGGACAAUACCUAGGAGUCCGAAGAGUACUGCCGUCGUCAUGACGUAUCUGCAAGGGUCCUCACUUAUCAAGGACUUCCAAGGUCUGGUUCUGACGGAACAGAAUGGCCACAUUGACUCUGAAUGGAUGUCUGCCAUGUGUUCGAUGCAAACCAGGAUAGAUGCGACUGGAACGUCAAGAAUGAUUAUAGACACUAUUCCUGGUAAUAUUUCUACCAUCUAG